AAAGGAUGAAUUCUUCAUACACGGAAAACAAAACUUGUUUUGGAUGCUUUCCUCAGUUUGAUUGGACCAUCAAGUUUUCCCCAGCAACUUUCUAUCUGUAAAUGUCAGUCGAUGUCAAUAGUAUUUUCGCUUGAACAAACUGUUUGUGAAGAAACGAGAGUUUAUAAAAGAGGAACGACUUGAAACAAAGACAUAUCACUACCGACCCUUGGCUUUCCUGGACUUGAGAAAUAAAUGGCCAAAGAUUGCUUGCAAAACACCCGAUCCAUCGUUCCUUGCAAUGAUUUUUUCUAAAAUCGUUCUGGUGAUUGUGUUCCUAGUGAACGUGUCACACGCCCAGGACAUCAGAAACAGCGAUCUGGAGGUAAUCGAGAUUAAAGGCCAUAAAUACGAAGAUUACGACAUCAACAAUACAGAUGGAUACGAUGGCGGAAAUCCUAUCAAAAAAAGCACUGCACCUGGAAACAGCAGAAAUAAUAAUGGAUACCAAUUCGCAUUACACAAAAAAGUUAAAAAAAAAGGAGAUAUCGAUCAAAUAGGCGACUACAAGAAAAGAGGCCAUGGUUACAGCGAUGGAUACAGCGAAUACAAUUAUGAUCACGGCAAAGGCAAGAAAGAAAAAGAAAGUGAAGGUAAUUUGAAGAACAAAAACGUUCAACCUGAUGCUUUUCGUCUACAUUUAACGGUAUUGAAAAACCUUUCUAAAGACAAAAAAAAACCACCUCACUUAGGAUAUGAAAACGAUGACAUGCAAGGCAAACCAUAUGGCAUUGUAACGAUAAAGGACACAAAAGGAAAUGGUGGAACAAAUCGUCGUUACAGAAGAAGUGGUGGCAAUGGAUUUGACACUGGUGAAAUCGGAGGAUACAUUAUACUCUCACACGAAAUAAAGAGCAAUGAUAAGGGAGGCAGAGGAAUUGGAGGUCAUCACUAUAAUGGCGGAAUUGAAGGAGGAUACGACAGCGAUGGAAGAGGUGCUGUAUACAAGAACGACGGAAGAGGCAGUAAUUUUGCUGGGGGUGAUAACGUCGGUGGAAAAAGAAGCAUUGAACCCACAGCUGGCGGGAAAAUAAACGGCACCCCAAAUAACGGAAAUAGACUACAAAAUAGCAUUAAAAAUGUACCACCAAUUGUGAAACACAACGGGAAUGGAAUCAGAAAUGUUGGACCUGCCAUCAGCGUCAGUAACGCAAUCGAUUUAGGAAAGUUUCAAACUGGCAGUAGACCACUAAAUGGAAUAGGAAACACGGGACCCAUUGGAGGAGCAGGAACCAUUCCCACGAAUAAUGCAGCCAGCCCUCUAAGUAACAAAGGACUCAAGACCAAUAUUGGCAAUGUCAGCAAUCAGAAAACCAAUCCUGUACAACCCAUUAGCCCCAAACCCAUACCAAAUAAUAGCCCCAAACCCAUACCAAAUAUUAGCCCCAAACCCGUACCAACCACUAGCCCCAAACCCGUACCAAAUAUUAGCUCCAAACCCGUAGCAACCACUAGCCCCAAACCCGUACCAAAUAUUAGCCCCAAAACCGUACCGACCAUUAGCCCCAAACCCGUACCAACCAUUAGCGCCAAACCCGUACCAAUAAUUAGCCCCAAACACGUAACAAACAUUAGCCCCAAGCUCGUACCAACCACCAGCCCCAAGCUCGUACCAACCACCAGCCCCAAGCUCGUACCAACCACCAGCCCCAAGCUCGUACCAACCACCAGCCCCAAGCUCGUACCAACCACCAGCCCCAAACCCGUACCAACCACCAGCCCCAAACCCGUACCAACCACCAGCCCCAAACCCGUACCAACCACCAGCCCCAAGCCCGUACCAACCACCAGCCCCAAACCCGUACCAACCACCAGCCCCAAACCCGUACCAACCACCAGCCCCAAACCCGUACCAACCACCAGCCCCAAACCCGUACCAACCACCAGCCCCAAACCCGUACCAACCACCAGCCCCAAACCCGUACCAACCACCAGCCCCAAACCCGUACCAACCACCAGCCCCAAACCCGUACCAACCACCAGCCCCAAACCCGUACCAACUGUUAGCAGCUUAAGCAACAAAGACAAAACAAAUGCUGGACCAGUCAAUAGCAAAAAAUUGAACAGCAACACAAAUAAUGGAAGCCAAAUUCCAACUAAUAACAAACCCCUAAAUGGGCAGGAUGGCAAUAUUGAUGGAAAAAAGAAUAUCAAUCCCUUCGUUACUGUGGGUGUAAAAAUCAACAGCAACCCAAAUGGAGGAAACAAAACGAAAAGUAAUAAUAACGUGCCUGUAAUCGUACAGAAUGGCGAUGCGAGAAAAAACAUUGAACCUCCUGUUGCUGCGAAAGUGAACCCCACAGCUACAGAACACAAACCUAAGAGUCAAAAUGGAUCUACAGGUGGGGAAAAAGAGAGCACCAAUGAAAACAAACCUAACCCACCCAUUCCUAGCCAAAAAGGCAACAAUAGCACAAAUAAUGAAAGCAAAGCUAAAGCUAUCAGCGAGACAGAAAGCAGUCAGAAAAAUGGGAAAAUAAACAUCGACCCCGUUUUACUGCACAAAAGCAACAUCACCGCAAAGAAUGAAGACAACGUUAAAAAAAGUAGCAGUGGACCGAGUAAAAGCGAAAAAAUGAGCAGCACGAGCACCGGGAAAAGGAACAUUGGCUCCAUUAUUGGCGCUAAAGGCAACAGCACAAGAAUUAGAGAAGAAGUUGCCGGUGGACUGCUAAGCAGCGAAAAGACAAGUAAUGGAAGGAGACACGUGGGAGCUACAAUAGGCGGCAAACACACCAGUAUUACUGGUAAUGGGGGCAAUGGAAGAAGACAAAUCGGAUCGGUUAUUGGCAGGAAAAACAACAAUCAAGCUAGCAACAUAAGCAUCGAAAUUGGCACUACAAAAAGAAAUAUUGGUUCCACCAUCGGCGAUACUACCAAUAACAAUGCAAUCAAAACUCAAAGCGCAUUGCUGAACAGUGGAAAGAAAAACGGUGGAAAUGGAAAGAGAAACAUUGGAUCUGUGAUUGGCAGCAAAGCGUGAAUUUUUUUUACGUGUCUUUUAGUAUUACCUGGAGGUGGACAGCAAUUUCUAGUAAACCUAAAGGUUCACAAUCAACCAUUUUCAGUCAGAAAUCCGAAGCCUCAUCAAGACUCUUCUUUGCAAGAAGUUCCUCUCUUUGAUAUUCUUUCGUUCCGAUAAUUGGUUUGACUUCGAUAGUCUU